UUUUUUUUCGAGUUUGGACGUGGAACGCCUUUCUAAAAUCGCUUGUUUUUUUUCUCCGUUCCGAUACUUGUAUUUUGCCUAAGAACGAAGAUUUUAGCAUAGAUUUAUUAUUAUCAUGCUUGGAAAUUAUUAUUUCGCCAUCGUAGGUCAUUAUGACAACCCUGUGUACGAAAAAGAGUUCAAUCAACAGAUGAAAAUGGACUCUAGUCAAGGGGAAUCGUCAUACAAAAAAGAUGACCAUCGGCACCUUAACCAGUUUAUUGUGCAUGCAGCCCUUGACCUGGUUGAUGAGUCUAUGUGGGGCACUACUGGCAUGUACUUGAAAAGUGUUGACAAGUUCAAUGAAUGGUUUGUGUCUGCAUUUGUCACAGCAGGAGGGAUGAGAUUUAUGAUGCUGCAUGAUGUGAAGAAUGAUGAUGGAAUCAAGAACUUCUUUAGCGAUGUGUAUGAGACGUUUAUAAAGUUGUUACCAGGCUCUCCAGUUUUCCUCCCUCUACAAAAACCAUGCAUUCAAUCCUAAGCUUGAUUCUGUAGUCAGACACAAGUUGUAUGGAGGCUGCCUAAGGUGGUUUGCUAUUUCUUCGACUCGGCCGCGCAUCUGUACUAUUGUAUCUUAUGAGGGUGAUUAGUUUUCAGUUUUGCAUCACAGAUAAAAUGUUUGAUUGCACAAGGAUUGCAUGACCAUAGCUAGAAAAUUGAGCUAAUAGGAUAUCUUUGGCAAUUCCUUUCAUUUUGUAGGACCUAGAAACUAUAUUCUGGAUGUUGUAAAGUUCUGACUGUGCUUGGGAGUGCUCCAACUCUAGAUUGAUCUAGUAUUUUUGUUAUUUCAGGUUUUGAUGAAUCCAUUCUAUGAGA